UCCCGGCCGCGAAGAUGUGGCGACAGGAGGUGACUACUGCAGUAGUGGCGCUGAGUUUAGCAGUUCUGGUAACGGUUGCAACUGCCAUCGGCGAAAUUCCUUCAGACCAUCCCCUCCUGAGGAACAAGCGAGCCCUUCGUCUGAACGUCCCCUGCGUAGCAAAUGGAGAGUUCUACAGGAACCCCAACGCUCAUCCUGAGAAAGCCUGGAGUCUCGGAGAAUGCUCCAAGUAUUACCUUUGCUUAGAUGGAGAAGUUUACGAGUUCAAGUGUUCAGUCGGACUUCUUUUCGACAUAAAUCGCCAGAUAUGCGACUUCAAAUCCAAAGUGUUUAACUGUGAUACUCACAUCCAGCUGACAACUCCAAAGCCCCUGUUGGUCACAGACGAACCUAUCUGUGGGUUCGGAGAAUACGCAUGCGCGGACAAGACUUGCCUGCCAUCUGAGCUGUUUUGUGAUGGUCAAGAAGAUUGUCUGGAUGGCUCUGAUGAGGGAUGGUGCGAUGCAGAGCAUGACCCCAAUGCUGCCGAAAGAUGCGACUACAAGAAUUGCACUCUUCCAUGGUGUUUCUGCUCUCGGGAUGGGACCCUGAUCCCUGGUAACAUGGAGCCCCAACAGGUUCCACAAAUGAUUACAAUUACAUUUGACGAUGCGGUCAACUACGAAAACUGGGAUAUAUACAGCGACUUAUUCAACAACGGUAGGAAUAAUCCCAAUGGGUGCCCGAUCCACGCAACGUUUUACAUAUCCCACGAAUACUGCAAUUACCAAUACGUCCAAAAACUCUGGAAUGGCGGCCACGAAAUAGCAGUGCACUCAAUCACUCACAAGGGCCCUGAACGCUUCUGGACAGACAAUGCCACAAUUGAGGACUGGUUUGAUGAGUUCGUGGGGCAAGCCAAUAUCAUCAACCGCUUUGGAGGAGUCAAGAUGGAGGAUUUAUGGGGUGUCCGUGUGCCUUUCUUGAGAGUCGGAUGGAACCGCCAAUUCAUCAUGAUGAGAGAGUUCGGCUUCGUGUACGACUCCUCCAUGGCAGCGCCCUUCUCAAAUCCCCCUCUGUGGCCUUACACGCUGGACUACAAGAUGCCCCAUAAGUGUAUGGGGACCAAGCAAAAGUGCCCCUCUCGCUCAUUCCCUGGCAUCUGGGAACUUGUUCUUAACCAGCUUCAAGCAGGGGAAUACCACUGCGCUAUGAUGGACCAGUGUCCCCCGGCAGCUGACGAAGACGAGGUCUACGAGAUGCUCAUGCACAAUUUCAGGCGUCAUUACAACACCAACAGGGCUCCUCUAGGUCUCUACUUCCACACCAUUUGGUUCAAAGCGAAACAGAACAAGAAAGGAUUCGAGCGCUUUUUGGACGAGAUGAUCAAGACCAGUGACGUGUGGAUCGUCAACAAUCAAGAGCUCAUCAACUGGAUGAGAGAGCCAACACCCAACUCCCAGAUUUCAUCAUUUGAGCCUUGGAAAUGCGCAAGCGCAGUGCCCACGGAAGACAAGGCGUGCAACAUUCCCAAAUCAUGCAAGCUGAGAAACCGGAUGUUGAGAGGCGACCGUUACCUCCACACUUGUUUCGAAUGCCCGGAAGUGUAUCCUUGGCUUAAAAAUGAAUUUGGAAUUGACCUUUAGACGAAAGAACGUUUAAAAUUUUUGCAUUCAGACUAUACCGAAUUGUUAGUAUAGGUUACAUGAGAUACAGUUUGAAAUACUUGAAACCUGACCACGCCUACUUGUUUGCUUAGAGAUAGUUGGAAUGCCUUGGCUGGGAAUUUGAUAAUCUGCCAUCAGUAAUAUGUUUGAUUACAAAUUAUCAAGAUGAUGAUAGCGAAUGAGAGGAUAAGUCCCAACUUUGCAAAGGUUAACGAUAUCAGUGGCGGGGAGAUGUUUCAGUGAAGUUCCCGUUGUGGACCACAACCUUUCUCAAUGCACCAGUUCUGUGAAAGCACCAGUUCUUAAAGGUUUCACGUACUGACUACAAAUAACCAAGACGAGUUCUGUAUCUCCCGAUUCUGUAAACCAUUCUCCAUGUAACACUGUAAACCAUUCUCCACGCAACGGACCGGACACUUGAUACUUCCAAGACUUGACAAAAUCAUUUAUAUGUAACGGAAAAAAACUUAUGAAAAAACACCUAUGACAUGAAAUACAAAUACUAUAGGCAAAACCGCAGGUCGGCCAUUUAUUGCCACAAAGCUUCACAGCAGUUACUUUCAAAGUUACUGCAAAGCCUACAUUACUACAUUUAUGCUGUAAUUUUUAUGAUCGUUUGUUUCAUCGUUGUUUGUUAAAUUCAAAAUAUUUAUAUCAUAGCUGUACAUAUAUUUCGUUUUUUUCUAUAAUAAACAUUAAA